AUGCCAGGAGACUUAUCGCCAUCCCUGGUUAUCAGGACGCUCCGGGACCAACUCUUCAAGAACGCGCCCACGCCCACCCAGUCAUUCGAGGGGCAGACCGUCAUCAUCACGGGUUCCAACACGGGCCUCGGCCUCGAAGCCGCCAAACACGUCGUCCGACUCGGCUGCAGCAAGCUCAUCAUCGCCGUGCGCUCCGUCGACAAAGGCGAAACCGCCAAACGCGCCGUCACCGCCGCCACCUCCUGCAACCCAUCCACCGUCGAGGUCUGGCCACUCGACCUCGCCGACUACGACAGCGUCAAAGCCUUCGCCGCCCGCGCGCACCGCGAGCUCCAACGCCUCGACGCCCUCAUCGAGAACGCCGGCGUCGCCAACUUCGAGUGGAGCUGGGCAAUGGACAACGAGCUCAUGCUGACCGUCAACGUGGUCUCGACCUUCCUGCUCGCGUUCCUGCUGCUGCCCAAACUCCGCGACACGGCGACACGCUUCCAGACCACGGCGCACUUGACCGUCGUCUCGAGCGACGGGCACUUCUUGGUCGAUUUUCCGGAGAAAGACGCGCCCGAGGGCAUCUUCAACGCGCUGAAUGACAAGAGCAAGACGAGGACGCAGGAUCGGUAUCCGGUCACGAAAUUGAUGGAGGUCUUUGUCGUGCGGGAACUGGCGGCGCGGCAGGAGCAGCGGGCGGCCGCGGUGGGGAAGCCGGAUGUCGUGAUCAACUGCGUCAAUCCGGGUUUCUGUAAGAGUGAGCUGACGCGCGACAUUGAUGGGAUAGCUGUCUCGAUUGGGAAAUUUCUUCUUGCCAGGACGAGUGAGGCUGGCUCGCGGACGUUGGUCCACGGCGCCGCUGGUGGGCCGGAGACGCACGGUCAGUACAUGAAUUUGGGCAAGGUGAUCCCGCCGGCGACUGUUGUGGUGGGCAAGGGGGGUAAGGAAACGCAGGAGAAGCUGUAUGCUGAGCUGGUGGAGAAGUUGGAGGCUAUCGUGCCUGGGGUUACGCAGGGAUAUGUGAAGGGGGGUUCGUGA